AUGGCCAGUGCUCUCAGUACUAGUGACCAAUGCCGCAUUCAAACUGCCUUCCCGAACGAGAGCAGAACCAUCAUCGGUGGCAAGUGGCAGAUGCAGCACAGCAACAUCAAGAGCGGCUUCACGCUCAGGAGAGAGCGCUGCGCCUCCUCAGCGUGGUUUCCGGGUGGGUCCCACCACUAUGGCAAACAUCACCACUAUGGUAGAUAUCACCAUGGUGGGCCCCGCCACUCUCAUGAGGAUUUAUCCCACUUAUCUUCUACUGGGUUAUAUAAUCAGAGGCAGGCUACCCACCAUGGUGGGUCCUACCACCAUGGAACUCCUCACUUCCACGGCGAGCAUCAUCAUGGGGGUCACCACCCCAGCGAGCACCAGUACCAUGGGGGUCACCACCCCAGCGAGCACCAGUACCACGGGGACCACCAUGGCAGCGAUCACCAUUACCACAGGGACCACCAUGGCAGCGAUCACCAGUACCACAGGGACCACCACCUCAGCGAUCACCAUUAUUACCACAGGGACCACCACGGCAGCGAUCACCAGUACCACAGGGACCACCACCUCAGUGAUCACCAUUACCGCAGGGACCACCAUCCCAGCGACCACCAGUACCACAGGGACCACCACGGCAGCGAUCACCAGUACCACAGGGACCACCACCUCAGCGAUCACCAUUACCACAGGGACCACCACCCCAGCGAUCACCAGUACCACAGGGACUACCACCCCAGUGAUCACCAUUACUACAGGGACCACCACGGCAGCGAUCACCAGUACCACAGGGACCACCACCCCAGUGAUCACCAUUACUACAGGGACCACCACCUCAGAGAGCACCAGUACCACAGGGACCACCACCCCAGAGACCACUACUCUAUGGAGCAGCAUCAGACCUCCCAACUCUCUAUACCACACAAGAUCCACAGCACAACUGAUGCCUCACAUGCUCAUCCAGGAGCCAAGGGCUCAUCCCCGAGCUUGACUACUUCCCACUUUACAUUUCGCUCCCGUCAUUCCAGCAAGGUGCAUCCCCAGGAUACCUUCAAUGAAACCAGCACCUGGAACGAAGAUGAGCAGUAUCAGAAGCGCAAAAACCGGGUCCAACGGGCACAUAAGAAGCUGCAUUCUGGAAAUGCUUUCCAGUGGUUGUGGGAAAAAAUAAGCCUCUUCUUUUGGACUCUCCGUGGCAUGAUAAGGACACUGACGCAGACCCUGGCCUUUGAGACCUUCGUCUUCCUUGUGGUGUGCCUCAACACAGCCAUACUUGUGGCCCAGACCUUCGCUGAACUUGAGAUCCGGGGUGAGUGGUACUUCAUGGUCUUGGAUUGUAUUUUCCUGUGCAUCUACGUAGUAGAAGCCCUGCUCAAGUUAAUUGCUUUGGGUCUGGAGUAUUUUUAUGAUCCCUGGAACAAUCUGGACUUCUUCAUCAUGGCCAUGGCCGUGCUGGACUUCAUGCUCGUACAAACCAACUCUCUCUCCUACACCUUCUACAACCACAGUCUCUUUCUUAUCCUCAAAGUCUUCAAGAGCAUGCGGGCUCUGAGAGCCAUCCGGGUGCUGAGGAGACUCAGCAUCCUGACCAAAGUCCACGAAGUGACCGGGACGCUGAGCGGAUCCUUGCCGUCCAUCAUGGCCAUCCUCGCCCUCAUGUUCACGUGCCUCUUUCUCUUCUCCGUGGUCCUCCGGGCACUAUUCCGAAAAUCGGACCCCUUCCGCUUCCAGAACAUCUUUACCACCCUCUUCACCCUCUUCACCAUGCUCACCCUGGACGACUGGUCCCUUAUAUAUAUGGACAGCAGAGCCAAGGGGGCCUGGUACAUCAUCCCCAUUCUCAUGAUUUACAUCAUCAUCCAGUACUUCAUCUUCCUCAACCUGGUGAUUGCUGUGCUAGUAGAUAACUUCCAGAUGGCCCUGCUCAAAGGCCUAGAAAAAGUGAAGCUCGAGAAAGCAGCCCGUGCCAAUGAGAAGCUGCUAGAAGACUCACUGACAGAGCUCACCAAAGCAGAGGCUGAGGGGAAACUGAGUGCAGGUACCUUGCAGAUGUAUUUCAUCGAGAGAAAGUUCGGGACCAUGACAGAGAAACAGCGGGAGCUCCAUUUUCAGUACCUGCAGCUGGUGGCCUCUGUGGAGCAGCAUCAACAGAAGUUUCGUUCCCAAGCAUCUGUCAUUGAUGAGGUUGUGGACGCUGCAUUUGAGGCUGGAGAAGACGACUUUGGGAAGUGAGCUUGGAGAGCACCACCAUAUUGAUGCAAGCCUGUGGCAAGCUGCCCACCACCAUGGGUCGGGACAGACAGCUAACUCUGCAGGUGUGCUUGCCUGGGCCCUACAAGGUUGGGGUCCCAAUAGAGUUUUAGUAUCUCAGGUGGCUUUGUGUUCUUACUGA